GAUUCAAGUGAUUAUUUAGACAUGGAAGGACAGGACCAGAACAAGAAAAUAAAGAAAUCUGAUGUUGGAAAGGCGAGGAAACGGCAAUACAAUGAAGAAAACUGGAAGAAAACGAAAGCUAAAUUAGCAAGAAACCAACCAAAAGGACAACCACGGAUGCCAAGCUGUGGACACACAAAAAGUGCUUCCUACAAAUGCGACCAACUGUCUAGAAGGGACAUUGAACAUUUCCAUAGAAUAAUUUAUGCAAAGCCAGACAAAAUCUACCAAGACUCCAUGAUGUUGAAGUAUUGCAGCGUGUCAGCACCCAAAAGAAGCCGCGUGGAAAAAGUGGGAAGUUCGAGAAAAGGUAUGGCUGUAACUUACUCUGUCAAAAAAGCGACCCAUGCUCCUGGAGUUCCUUCAUCAGUGCCAGUGAAACUGAUUUAG